UUGAUCAGAAAGAGCUGAGUGUCCAUCAGCAAAGUAAGAACCUUUACAGCACAUUUACUUAAACAGGAGCUGAGCAUCCACUGUCAGAGCUGAGUCACAACGACUAGAAUUUUCACUGACAAGAAUGUUCAGUCACAGUGUGUGAUAUAGGCUACAUAUCACUGCAGUAUCAUAUCAUAUACGUCUAGUAGGCUACAUUUUUAUUCCUGGAUAAUUAAUUAGAAUAAUUUCCGAAAACAGUAAGUGCUCUGUGUCAGUAACUCAAGCUGAUGUGAAGGGUAGAUCUGACAAGUUGGUAAAGUGUGACGAUUAGGAAAUUGCAGGUGUAUUUUGUUGCCUGAAGGCAUUGCAAAUGGUGUGAGGCUAUUCCCGGAAAGUGACUUUUCAUAUAGGCUAGGUUAGACACAUUCACCACGACGAAGUCAGAAAAACUACAGGGACGAAGAGUAGCUACAAGCUCCAUCUGAAAUGGAGGAACCUUACAACCAGACAUCAGCGUACAUUACGCCUACACAUACCUACAUACCAACACAUACUCACAUGUCUGACUUUGAAAACAAUGUUACAUAUUACAAUGACACUCUACAGACACAUUUUGAGGACAUUUACUUGAUAACUGACUGUCUGAGUUUCUUAGCUACGCUCCUUGGACUAUGUUUUGUUGUCUAUGGAUUAUAUGCUCUGGUUAAAACUGGUCAUUAUUCUCUUCAUGUAUUUGUUAUAAACCUGUUCAUUUCUGAUCUGAUUCAAAUUUCUACCAAAUUGAUUCAAAUUUCUAAAGACUUUCUGAUUUUAUCGGAUUUGAUAGCAGACUAUAAUGAUAGACUGAAUGACUCCUUUAAUGAUAGUCUGGGGUUAAUCUACGGUGUUGGUGUUAUGGCUAAUGUUUGCUUCAUGGUGUUUAUAUCUGCUGAGAGAUAUAUAAUGAUUGCUUAUCCUGUUUGGUAUAGAAACAUCCAUACGAUCAGGACACCAGUUUGUGUGUCUGUCACUGUUUGGGUCAUAUUUUCCAUCACUACAAUCAUCAGUUUGUGGUUCAAUGGCUAUAUUGAACUAUUUGUACUCUUGGUUUUGCUUCUCCCGUAUCCCUUUGUAAUGUUCUUUUUUGUGGGGACAUGGAGGGCUCUCUCCGGGAAUACAUCAGUACCUCGUCAUGAGCAGAGGCGGAUUAUGGGAACCCUGGCUCUUGUUCUUGGCAUUUACACAGUCUUAUUUCUACCCUUUGUAUUGGUGCAGAUUCAGUUUUUCCACCCAAUUGUAAACCAUAUGACUUUGUGGAUUUACCUUGUGGAGUUGGCCCUCAUUCUCAUGGCACUGAGCCCCCUAUUUGAUUUUCUCCUUUAUUUAUUGAUGAGGAGGGAUGCUAAAUAUAUCUUGAGAGCUCUUUGUUUUCGUAAGAGACAUAAAGACAAAAGAACUACAAAAACUUUGAUGGAAGCCCAAGUCUAGUUAUUUACACGGGAAUGUGUUUUUUAUGGAAGCAUACAGAAUUUGAGGGGGAAAAAAUCUUCUGUUUUUUUCUGAAUUAACUAGUUUAGUGUCUUGUUAACAGCCUUUGUUUCACACUCCUUGCUUUUGUGGACAGAAUGCGUUUAACCCGCUCAGUCACGGAACGCAUGGGCAAAUGUUCUGCCAUGCACGUCACACUUUGUGUAAUAGCUUAUGUAUCUAUUUCCUUUAGUACUUUCCUAAAGACUAAUACAGUGAAGAUCUAACAACUUUGGCGGAUGGAAUUCCUUCUGUAAUUGUUGACUCACAGGAUGUAUUGGACUAAAGACCUUGUGGCUACAUCAUACUCAAUGAACAUUCAAGGAGGAUAUUACGUGGACAUUAAUAGCUUUUGUAACACCAAAUUUGUUCUCUACACUGAAUCAUGUUUAUUACAAUGGAUGCCCCAUAAUGGGACUUUUUUGGAGGGGGCGGUGCAUGGAGGGCCCUCUCUUGGAAUAAAUCAACAAACCUCCGUAAUUCCUGUAAAUCCUUCCAUCGAGGCCAUCCAGGGCUUGCGUUAGGCGUGCAGCAACAUCAAAUACUGUUCUCACCCCAACCACAGACUCCACUCCUCUCCGCGAGGUGUUACAGGUCUCUCCGCACAUG